AUUUGGAGUACUUGUGAGGACGGGCCACACACACACACACACACACACCCACCCGCACACACCUGACUGAUGCUCCUGCUGGAUGGAGCGCUCACAUCCACGUCGUCUCCUCCACCUCCAGCUGUGCACAUAGAAGAUCGACCAGACAUGCAUUUCUUCUAUGUGGGGGACCACACGUGGGCGACCAUGUUGGGUCAGAGCGUGCGGCUGCAGCCGGUGCCCAUCCAGAGCCUGUCGGAGCUGGAGCGAGCCAGGCUACAGGAAGUCGCCUUGUACCACCUGGAUGAGCGGGACCUGGACUUCAAGAUCAGCAUCCCCAGAGAAAUACGCAAACGGAGGAAGUCUCUGCGCAGGAAGUUUGACUCAUUUUCAAAGGAAAAGAAAGAGCGAGAAUCGGCCCCCAUGGCGUUCGGCAUCCCGCUGUCCCAGGUCAUCGCCAACGACCAGGCCUACAAGCGACGGCAGGACGCCCUGAAGGAGAGCAGGCGAGACUGUCUGGACCUGGAGGCCAGCAUCCUGCGCUUCAGGGCCGAGAAGAGGCAGUUCUUCAACGGGAACAAGCCGCUGGUCAGCUCCUCGUCCAUCACGGGGGGAGGUCCCGGCUCGCCGUCCGCCAACUCUGUGGCGCCGGCGCCCAUCUUUGAGACCCAGAACAAACCUCUGUCGCCUACGUCUCAGGACAACACCGGCCGACAAAGGAGGGGUGGUCUGUCCGUGGACUCCAUCUCCGACCUCGUGGAGAGUCAGUCCCGCCUGCUGGAGGCGCUGCAGCUCUCUCACCCGGCCGAGUUGGAGCUGAAAAAGUCGGCGGGCUCAUCGGAGGGGCGGACCCAGACCAAGCUCAGUCUGAACCCCAUCUACAGGCAGGUCCCUCGGGUGCUGGAGAGGUGCUGCGCUCACAUCGAGACAUACGGUCUUCAGACUGUGGGGAUUUUCCGAGUCGGCAGCUCGAAGAAGAGAGUGAGACAGCUGCGGGACGACUUCGACAUGGGGGCGGACGUCCAGCUGGACGAGGAGCACAGCGUCCAUGACGUGGCGGCGCUCCUCAAAGAGUUUCUCAGAGACAUACCUGAUCCUCUGCUGCCCAGGGAGCUGUACCCUGCCUUCCUGCAGGCCAACCUGCUGAGGGGAGCAGACCAGCUUCAGUACCUGCAGCACCUCCUCUACCUGCUCCCUCCCUGUAACUGUGACACGCUGCUGCGCCUCCUCAGCCUGUUGCACACCGUGCAGAGCUUCGCCCAGGACAGCAUCGGGACCAACGACGAGGAGAUCCCCGGCAACAAGAUGACGGCUGCCAACCUGGCGGUGAUCUUCGGACCCAACCUGCUGCAGAGGGAACGAGGGGCGGACGCGAGUCCUCACAUCUACGCCAUGGGGAUUGAGGACAGCACGGCGGUCAUCAACGUGACCCUGGUGCUCAUACAGAACCACAGGAGGCUCUUCACGGUUUCUGCAGAGCUGCAGCAGGAGGUCCUGAUGAGUCUGAUCCAGACAGACCCGGACAUCAUCGACUAUCUGCUGCGCAGGAAGCUCAGCGGCAGUCACCUCACGGUCGAGAGCAGCAGUGAGUCCGGGGGUCGCCGGGACACGGGGGCGUCUCUGGACUCCGUGGGAGCCUCCAGCGGGAGUUUGUCUCCGCUGGAGCCGCCGUCGCCGCUUUUCCCGCCCGACGGCAGCGGCGGCGAGGGCAGCCUGACCAGCGAGGUCUUCCUCAACGUGCUCAAGCUGAACCAGAACAGGAAGCGACAGGAGACGAGAUACGGUGAGGUCCCUCCAGGUAAAUCCAUCCGCCACAUGCGUCAGUUCCACUCCCACCACAACCUGCUCAGCCUGGCCCAGCCCUCCUCGUCCUCCACCUCCAGGCUCCACGGUCAGGACCCGGACGCCCAGGACCGCAGGGGCCCGCUGGGCUCCGCGCUGAGCUUCACCCUGGGCGGCGGCGUUGGCGGCGGCGGCAGCUGCUCCAGUCUGAGCGGGUCCACGGAGAGCAGCAUCUGGGUGAGACAGACGCCGCAGGAGGAGAGCAAACCAUCGCCAGCCGCUAACUUCUGGGACUUCUUCACCGGGAAAGGGUCUGGCUCGGAGACGAUGGUAUGAUGAAGGCCGAGAAGAGGAGGAACCUGAAGGGAAAAGCUGGCUGAAAACGUGUUACAUUUACAGACGCCUCUGUUUAUGUGUAAAAUGAAAUGUGACGUGUGUUUUCAGGAUUAUAAACAGGGUAACACGAUUUGUUACAACGAGGCCACACGACUCCAUUCGGAAAAAAAUCCCAAAACCUAAAUUUCAUACUCGAACUUUUGACUUUAAGGGACACGUCCUGUUGCAGACGUUGGAAUUUCCCACUUUCCUGGCACCUCUGGAAUGCGGCGUGUGAUUGGACGUGGAUUUCGGAUGCAGGAAGCAUAAAGAAAACCAACAAAUGGAGGAGAUAAUGUUGGAUUGAAACUCAAAACUUUUACGACAUGUUGGACUCGCGAUGGAAAACGCUGACUUGUGGGAACAACCCGGACGGAGACAUCAGUAAAAGAAGAGACUAAAUAAACCCAUCUGUGAGGUUACCAGGAAGUGGAUGCAGUAGUGAUUGUGAUGUAAAUAAUAUAUUCACGGUUUUACACACUUAACCCCCAUCUUCACUACUCAAAACUGUGUAACUGACCGCAGCUGCAUGGACUCCUGUACCAACACUUAUUUAUCCGUACCGACACCAUACAAGACUCCAUUUGGUUUUUUGCUGUUUUUCUGUAAGCUCCAAUAAGCUACAUUUACUGUAAAUCCAACAGACACGAGUGAAGACACUUUAGCAGCGGAAACAUCAGAGCCAGAAAUUAGAUUCCGAGUAUCGAUUUGGUGGUUUUGCAGUUCGAGUCUGGAUCAGCGCUGGAUCCCGUAGCCACAGUUUAAACGACAUUUAAAUGACUUUCAACAUGUGCUCCAAAGAGAAAUACAGUCAUUUUAAUUCUGUUUAAAUGGAAUUAAGGCAAAAACAGUCGCCUGAAGUUUUACAACCGGAAGUUUUACAUUUGGGAAAAAUAAGAUCAUGUCUUGUUUUGUUUUUACAUUUUUGGUCUUAACUCCCUGAAUCAAAGCUUCUCAGACUUGGACUCAUCUUGUGCUCAGUUGAAGUAAUCUUGACUGCAGCCCUGGCAAAAAAGGAUGCAUUUAUAAGACGAUUUUGACCUGCAAAUCACCAAAUGAGUUCUUCCUGGGGUUGACUCGUAAUUAAUUUGCUUUUGGGGGGGUGGGGGCUCCUCCCAGCAGGGGUCUCUGUAGACCACCAGCCCAGACCUGCUUCUCCUUCCAAAAUUAGUCAGAACUAACAAUGCGUUCAGGUGCACAACACUGACGAGAGUACGAGGAACUGCAGUGAUAUGACUCCUGCUUUUACAGACCUCAGUCUUCAUCCCAUCCUGACAUAGACCUGCCUUUAUGUAAUAUGGAUCUUCAUAUUUUUCUGGAACACCCCCCCCCAUAAUGUCUGACUUAAAGGAACAGUUCGCCUGCUUCAGUUGUUUAGGCGAAUGCUGCAACAUCCUAUAUUAUCCUGAUUAUUUUCUACCGAGCAGAUCAUCUUGUCCCGGUUUUGGACCUCUGGUCUGCGUUGUACUUUCCAGUGUGAAGCAGUGAACGCUGACCACAUUCACUCGGCUCAUCUUUUGGCCUGAUUUGUCUGUUUUUCGUUUUUUUCAUUGGCUCUUUGAUUAUUCACGUCGAACGAUUUUUCUCCGUGUGAUGCAUUACCUCCGUGUAACCACUAGAGGGCGACAUUCACCGCGUCAGCUCCACCUUCGUCACCUCUUAUGGCUUUUCCCGCCGUGCACAGUUACAGAUACAUGUGUUAGGUUUGGGGAUAGUGCCAAACGACUAGAAACUGUGCACACGUUAAAUGUUUCUGGCCUCUUUGUAGAAGAAGUCCACGUUUCCAUUGUUGUACAGAGACUUUCCUGCAGCCUAACGUUGUAUUUCCUCCUCUUUUGGAUUCCUCGUAGGGGAAACAAAAUGUAUUUUGUGUUUUGUUAUUUUGUUUUUUUUGGUCAGUGACACAUUUUUCUAUAUUGUUGUAAAAAAAACCCAUCAUGAUGUGUUGAGACCUAAAGCAGAGAAUGUACCACCCAGCUGCCCAGCAUUAAACGUCAGCCUGCCUCUGA